GUAGUGAGAAAGAUGGCGACUCUGGGCCCCUCUGGGUGGUGGUGGCGGCGGUGCCGGUGGCGGUGGCGUCUGUCUGCUUGGGAUGGGUCCAGGGUGUUGCUCCUUCUCCUUUUGUUGGGGUCUGGGCAGACGUUCGAGUACUUGAAGCGGGAACACUCGCUGUCGAAGCCCUACCAGGGUGUGGGCACUAGCAGUUCCUCAUUGUGGAAUCUGAUGGGCAACGCCAUGGUGAUGACGCAAUAUGUCCGCCUUACUCCAGAUAUGCAGAGUAAACAGGGUGCUCUCUGGAACCGGGUGCCUUGUUUCCUGAGAGACUGGGAGUUGCAGGUGCACUUCAAAAUCCAUGGACAAGGGAAGAAGAAUCUACAUGGGGAUGGCUUGGCAAUCUGGUACACAAAGGAUCGGAUGCAGCCAGGGCCUGUGUUUGGAAACAUGGACAAAUUUGUGGGGCUGGGAGUAUUUGUAGACACCUACCCCAAUGAGGAGAAGCAGCAAGAGGCCCAGAAGAGGCGAUAUUCUCCAGGAAUCCAGCGGGUGUUCCCCUACAUCUCCGCCAUGGUGAACAAUGGCUCCCUCAGCUAUGAUCAUGAGCGGGAUGGGCGGCCCACAGAGCUGGGGGGCUGCACGGCCAUUGUCCGCAAUCUCCAGCAUGACACUUUCCUUGUGAUUCGCUAUGUCAAGAGGCAUUUGACGAUAAUGUUGGACAUCGAUGGCAAGCAUGAGUGGAGGGACUGCAUUGAGGUGCCCGGGGUCCGCCUGCCCCGGGGCUACUACUUUGGCACCUCCUCCGUCACCGGGGAUCUCUCAGACAACCAUGACAUCAUUUCCAUGAAGCUAUUUGAGCUGACAGUGGAGAGAACCCCAGAAGAGGAGAAGCUGCAUCGAGACGUGUUCUUGCCCUCGGUGGACAACAUGAAGCUGCCUGAGCUGACAGCCCCGCUGCCGCCCCUAAGUGGCCUGGCCCUCUUCCUCAUUGUCUUCUUCUCUCUGGUGUUUUCCGUGUUUGCCAUUGUCAUUGGCAUCAUACUGUACAACAAGUGGCAGGAGCAGAGCCGAAAGCGUUUCUACUGAGCCCUCCUGCCGCCACCCCACUGUGGCUGUUUCCACAAGGUGUGGGAGGAACAGGCGCUGGCCUGACCACACAGCCCAGUGGUCUCCAUUCUCCAGCAGCUGGUCAGGGACUAUGUUCUGUCACUGGAGCUUUGAGUUCAGGGACACCGUAUUCCCAUGGUCAUCUGUGAGAACCUCUGACUCUGGUUCAGGAAGCCCACCACCGAAGGGCAAUGCUGUGUGAUGUGCCUUUCCCUGCAGUCCGUCCACUGGGAUCUCAGAGGGUGGAGACAGCAUCUCCUGUAUGAUGCCAAGAUUACAGAAAAGAACUUCAUAGCCCAGGAUGCCUUGGUGUUGGACUCAGGACCCCCGUGCUUCUUGAUUAAAUCUGCAAAGGAUGGAACACUCCUCAUGCCUUCCCGCCAUCCGUCCAUUUCGUUUUUGCUUUUGGUCUAAGCCUCUGUCCACCUGAGCAGCUCUCCUUGGAAAUCUGGGCGGAGGCUUCUCCCUCCUUUUACUGUUCUCUUCACAUGCAGCCUGAGAUUGAGAAGACCUUCCACGCCUGUCUGUGGGAGCCAGCGCUGCAGACAGACAUGUUGCACUGAUCCUCACUAGGUGUCCGCAGGGAAGGCUUUCUGCUUCGGCCCGUUGCUCUAGCCUUUGCUUGUCAGCGUAGAUCCUGGUUCGGUUGGCGUGUUUGUGAUCUUCCCAACGAGGCUCUUCCAUUCGGCCCUCAGUCUUGUUUGGCUGGAAGUUGUUGUGCAAGUCAAGAGGAGCUUGGAAGAUCUCAUGGAUGAGUGGGAUUAACUGACACAGACCUGCUCCAGGAUUUGACACCAGAAGCAACAUUUGCUGAGUGACCUGACCACAUGGAGAUGUUUCUGGACCAACGGGAGCCUGCUUAGCUGCAUGUUUUGUGUCUGUCGUGGUCUUUGGAGUCUUACUUUGGGUAUCCAAAAUGUAAGAAAACUUUUUCUUAUA